CGCCUGCUGAGCGUUGCUCUCCCCAUUCGCUUUUUACUGCCCCACGAAACACCGAUCCGGACGCAAUUCGGUGGUCUCAUCUUGAUUCAGAGCUGAAGAGAGACCAUGCAGAAGUGCCGGGCCGUCAAUUCCGCCUUGGGCUCGAGGGCAUUUGCCCCCGCCCCCAAGGUCCAACAAGUGCAGCGCCGGAAUCUCCAAGAUGUCGCGAUCACUAGAACCGGAAAGCCGAUCUUGAAGGUCCAGGGUGGACGGUCGUCUCUUGGAGGCCACACCGCCACUGUCUUCGGUGCUACUGGUUUCCUCGGUCGUUACAUUGUCAACAGGCUCGCUUCGCAGGGAUGCACGGUCGUUGUUCCCUACCGUGAGGAGAUGACCAAGAGACAUCUGAAGCCCACCGGUGAUCUCGGAAGGGUCAACUUCCUGGAAUAUGACCUGCGCAACACCCAGUCGAUCGAGGAGAGUGUCCGUCAUUCCGAUAUUGUUUACAACCUUGUCGGUCGCCAAUAUCCUACUAAGAACUUUUCCUAUACCGACGUGCACGUCGACGGCAUCGAGCGCAUCGUUGAGGCUGUCGCCAAGUAUGAUGUUGACCGAUACAUCCACGUCUCUUCCUACAACGCCAGCAGAGACUCUCCUUCCGAGUUCUUCGCCACUAAGGCCUGGGGAGAGGAAAUUGCCCGUUCCAUUUACCCCGAGACCACCAUUGUCCGCCCUGCUCCUAUGUUCGGUUUCGAGGAUAACCUUCUCCACAAGCUUGCUAAGGUCACCAACCUCCUUACCUCCAACCACAUGCAGGAGCGCUACUGGCCCGUUCACGCCCCCGAUGUUGGCAAUGCUCUGGAGCGUAUGCUUCACGAUGACUCCACUGCUGGUCAGACUUUCGAACUUUACGGUCCCAAGAACUACUCUACUGCCGAGAUUGCCGAGCUGGUUGACCGUGAAAUCGUCAAGCACCGCCGUCACAUCAACGUUCCCAAGCCGAUCUUGAAGCCUGUUGCCCACUACCUGAACAAGCUGCUCUGGUGGCCCAUUAUCUCGCCUGACGAGGUUGAGCGGGAGUUCAUUGACCAGGUGAUCGACCCCAAUGCUAAGACCUUCAAGGACUUGGGCAUUGAGCCUGUUGAUCUGGCCACCCUUACUUUCCACUACCUGUUGGGAUACCGUAGCGCUUCGUACUACGAUCUGCCUCCGGCCACGGAGCGGGAGAGACAGGAGGAGAAGAAGUAUCUGCACGUCUUGGACGACCAGUAGUCUGUGUUUCUUUACUGUACAUAAGCUAGACAUCCAUCCGUUUCUUUUUCUUUUGUGCCAAUGAGUUUGUAUGUGACAGUAAAAUUGAACUCGACAGCGCUACCGAGAUCAUUAUCUAAAGUUAUUCAAAAGUUCCUCCAUACAUAAAUAAAUAAUUCUAAACUAAUCACCCCACUCCACU